UUUAAUUUUUAGGCCUGAUGUAUAUCCAUUCAUCAGGAGCCUUUCAUGGGCGCCUUAAACCUAUUCAAUGUAUUCUUAAGCUCAGAUUGAUACUGAAAAAUUGCAGGAAUGAGCCACCUCUGUCCUUCUGACUAUGGACUAGGAGAUAAAAAGCUAUUCCCUUUAAUUUGGCACGAAUCUCCUGUAAAAUUGAUUAAAAUGGAAGCUGACCCUCAAUUUGAUAAUAUCUGGGGAAUUGGGCUGACUCUCCUUGAAUUAAUAAACAGAUCUCCCUGCUUCAGGGCAUAAGUUAUAAGAGCCUAUUUGAUAUGGUUACUAAACACUUAGAGCCGACUCCUGAAGAGCUUAUUUCAAUGAUAAAACAAGGAAAUAUUAGGAGAAAAUUAAGAAGUCUUGAAGAUACUGACACAAGUAACUUCCAGACUUUAGUUCCUGAUAUGAGACCAGAAGCAUGUUGAUUUUAUGCUGAAAUGUCUGAAAGUUAACCCAUCAGAGAGUAACUGCAUGGGACCUGUAGAACCACCAAUACCUAUCCCAAUUUUUAGGAGAGGGCGUUUCUGAAUGUUCAGAGCAAUUUAAUUGGGAUUGGAGGGACUACAAAGACACACCACCAGAUCAAAUCAAAGAAGAACUGUAUUCUGAAAGUCUGAAGUGUCAUCCGAAGUAAUUCUACUAUCCUGGUUAAUAUCCAUGACGUCACCUGCCAUUCUAGGUAUAUCCUUACCAAUUUUGAGGAGAUAUUUUCCAUAUAAACAGCUAUA